UUACACUCAGAGACUAAAUGGCGUCCAGAUUAAAGGAAGAACUCUGCUGUCCGGUCUGUCAGGACGUCUUUAAAGAUCCUGUCACUCUGUCGUGUUACCACAGCUUCUGUAAAGACUGUCUGCAGAGCUGGUGGAAGGACAAAGAAACCAAAGAGUGUCCGGUUUGUAAGAGAAAACAGUCAAAGGGUUUUCUUCCUAACUUUGCUUUAAAGAACCUGUGUGAGGCCUUCUUACAGGAGAGAGAUCAGAGAGCUUCAGAGCCUCUCUGCAGUCUGCACUCUGAGAAACUCAAACUGUUCUGUCUGGACCAUCAGCAGCCAGUGUGUCACAUCUGCAGAGACUCAGAAGAACACUCCGAGCACAGAUUCAGACCCAUCGAUGAAGCUGCACAACAACACAAGAAGGAACUUCAUGAAACUCUGGAGCCUGUAAGGUGGAAGUUAGAGGGUUUUAAAGAAGUUAAAGUGAAAUUUGAUCAAGCAGCUGAACACAUUCAGGUCCAGGCCCGAUGCACAGAGACGCAGAUUAAGGAGCAGGAGGAAGAGGAGCAGAAGAGUCAGAUGAUGAAGGAGAAGAUGGAGGCUCUGAGCAGAGAGCUCGCAGCUCUUUCAGACACAGUCAGAGCCACAGAGGACCAGCUGAGAGCUGAACACGUCUCAUUCCUGCACAACUACAAGGCUGCAGUGGAAAGAGUCCAGCAGUGCCCCCUGCUGGAGGAUCCACAGCUGCCCUCAGGAGCUCUGAUAGACCAGGCCAAACACCUGGGCAACCUGGCCUUCAACAUCUGGAACAAGAUGAAGGACAUGGUCUCCUACAGUCCUGUCAUUCUGGACCCAAACACUGCUCAUCCAGACCUCAUCCUGUCUGAAGAUCUGACCAGUGUGAGAGGAGGAGAGGACCAGCAGCUUCCUGAUAAUCCAGAGAGGUUUGUUAGUUCCUACUCUGUUCUGGGCUCUGAGGGCUUUAACUCAGGGACUCACAGCUGGGACGUCCAGGUUGGAGACAGUGAAGACUGGUCACUGGCAGCUUCAUGA